UCUUGAAGCAGGUGAUAGCCAGUCGAAGGGUGCUGUUAUCCGUGGCAGGUUGGCUUUUAUUUGCCAAUUUUUGCAGAUUUGACGCGAUAAUAGUGCUCAAUAUAGUGCAAAAAUCAAAGGCAAGCUGAGAAGUAGCUGGAGUGGCGUAAUGUUUGGUGAAAACAACGACAAAGUAAUAAUUUUCACUGUGAGCAAAAUAGCUGAAAAAAUCGAUUAACCGAAGAAGCAUCACCUUUAGAAAUAGAAAACUUUCAUUGCUAUCAGACUCGACUGGUGAACACAAACUAUGCGCCUGGAUGAACUGGUAGUUUGGUACCAGAAAAAGAUUGGCACAUAUGAUAAACAGCAAUGGGAGAAAACAAUCGAGCAGAAGAUCCUGGCUGGCAUCACGCAUCUACCAUUGAAAAAUACCAAACUCAAAACCGAGCUAAUCGAUGUGGAUCUGGUGCGCGGAUCGACGUUCCCCAAGGCCAAAUCGAAACUCUCGAUACUGACUGUGAUAUAUUUGGCAGCUGUGCGGCUCCUGUUCCUGCCCGUCUACGCCAGAUGGUGGGUGAAGCAAACCUCUCCGAGAGUGUUUUUUCUGCUUCUGUCGCUAUACCUACUGCAGAUGAUUAAUCUCGGAAUCUACAGCUACAAUGUUAAUAAAACAGGUGCCGACCAGGACGAACAUAUCGUUUCUAUAACGGAUUUUCUGAUUCCUCUGGCUCUCAGUCUCUUGCUGAGUGUCAUUCACUCGCAGAUAGUCGCGACUGCAUCGAACAGCAACAACCUCUGCCAUGGGUUGAAGAAAUGCCAUUCGCAUUCGACGCUGAAAAAACGCGAACGAAUACGAAAACGGCGUCGUGCACGAGUUCCCUAUGAUACUGGGACUAUAACAAAAUCUUCCCUGGACGAUCCCGAAGCACAGCCACCGAAAAAUACGUUCAGUGGGACUUCAAAAUCCUCCACCGGAUCACCAAUGAGAACCGCCAAAAAACAAGGAGCCUGUAGCACAAGCAGCAGCACCAGUAGUGAGACUCUGAGUCAAAACCAUCGGGAUCCAGCGCCACGCGAUGAAAACGUCCGGAACGAUCUAGUAAACACUAGUCCAAAUGAUGCCGUUUUUUCUUCGGAAGAAAUUAUGAAAGACUUGCUGCCGAACAAAAAGACUGGAAAGUCAGAUAAGAAAAUUAGUCAAUUAAACCAAACGACUGACGGAGAUGAUUCGGUCUUCCUACUCAUGCCAGGCAUAACGGACGAGGCAACGAGUUCACAUCAGGAAACAAUUUGCACUCCAAACAGCUUGUCAACACUCAACGGACAGCAAGUUGACAGUACUUUGCGAAGACGCAACGUAAAAUGGGAUCCACAGGUGUGUAAUAGUCAACGGACAAGUUCCAGGACUAGCAGUGACGCUAGCAACACCCAGGAAGCUCCAGUCGACGAUGAUGGGUUUGAGAGUUUGAAUGGGAAAAGUUCCGGAGGGGAAGACAGUUCGAACGCAGGAGUUACCGCCGAAGUCUACUACAAGAAGCUACCGUACACCAACACGUGGGUCAGUGGGGUGCCCCAGGUCGACAAGGAAAACCGAUCCGAUAGCGAUACGGAUACUCUACGAAAUACCCCUACCAGCCAGGAACAGUUGGGAAGUGCAGGGGAAAUAAAAUCCAACAAAUGCCCGGUUCACCUGGCGUCCGAACUUGGUAUUGAAAUGCAACGAACCGAACGAAGCAAAUCCCUACUAGACCAUCAGGAACAGAGCGAUGCGAAGGGCAGUGCAUUCGACGAGAAACUUGAAUCCAGCGGUGAUACCGACGAGGAGAACGAUUUCGAUCUACAUAACAGCGAGUCUAGUCAUCAUCAUCAUCUUCACCAUCAUCAUUUGCAUCACAGCCACCACCAUCACCAUCAUCAGCAUCUUUCAGAAGGUACGAUCGGGGACAAUGGUAGAAAUUUUGCCAACACCGAUAGUGAUGAAUGUAGUUACAGCUCAGAUCUCAAUCAAUCGGAUGGCCAGAAUGAACACUCGGAUGACGAUUACGAUCUGGAAGAUGCGCCGACGAUUAUUCUCAAUCCGUCAUGCGGCGCCAACGAUAGAGUCAGCUGCACCAUUUGGAACGCGCGGGAAGCUAAAAAGGCGGAAAUGUCGGUACUGGAUAUUUCCUCUGCCAUCAUCGAGCGCGUCGAAGCCAUGCCGGAAACGUGCGAUUAUGUCUACAUUGGCGUUGUUCUCAGUCUGAUUCUGUCACUGGUUCCGGCGUUCUGCAGACUGUGCGAAGCAACCGUCGAUUCGACCAACGCCACGGAGCUGAAUUUUCUCGACCUGCCGGUGCUGCUGCUGGAGAAAACCUCAUUCUCGUGCAUGGCAAUUCUUCGAUUUGCCUUCGGAGACUCCAACUGGGAAAAGACAGUUCUGAUUUUGGGAUUCGUUUUGCGGCUUUGUCUAACCUAUCUGAUUUUUUUCCUGCUGGCCGUUGCCGAACGCACCUUCAAGCAACGAUUCCUCUACGCCAAGCUGUUCUCGCAUCUUACAUCCUCGCGACGGGCCCAAAAAUCAGGCAUUCCCCACUUUCGUUUGAACAAAGUGAGGAAUAUCAAAACCUGGCUGUGCGUGCGUUCCUAUCUGAAACGUCGCGGGCCGCAGAAUUCGGUGGAUGUAAUCGUUUCGGCUGCAUUUAUUAUUACGCUGCUAUUGUUGGCGUUUUUAAGUGUUGAGUGGUUAAAGGAUUCCGUGCAUAUGCACUCGCAGGUUAAUCUAGAAGCCUUAGUGUGGUCCUGUGCUUUCGGGACUUUCCUGCUGCGUUUUAUGACUCUGGGUACUAAAAUUAAUAAGAAGUACAAAAGUGUCUCAGUGUUAAUUACAGAACAAAUCAACCUAUAUGUACAAAUCGAACAAAAACCUAACAAAAAGGAUGAACUUAUGAUAUCCAACAAUGUGCUUAAGUUAGCAGCAGAUCUCCUCAAAGAAUUAGAAUCGCCUUUCAAAAUAUCCGGACUGAGCGCUAAUCCGUACCUAUACACUACCGUGAAGGUUGUCAUCCUAUCGGCCCUAUCCGGUGUUCUAAGCGAGAUGCUUGGCUUUAAACUUAAACUUCACAAGAUUAAAAUUAAGUAGGUGCACUUGUUUUAAUUGGUCGAUGGCUGCCAAUGGAAAGGUACCCGCCGUUCGAGCGUAGAUAGUAGGCUAGUGAUAGUAGAUCCUCCUGUUUCUAGAAGCAUCGUACCUAAGUUCGUAAUAAAUUAGUAGUUAGUCACUUAAGUAGCGACGAGCAGAACGAGACGGUUGAACUGUCGAAUGAUAUGAAAGGCUUCUUAGUCUUGGAACUUUCCUGCUAGUUAAUGUCAGUUUAAUGGUGUGGAAAUUGUAUUUUUCGAAGACUAUUUUUGUUCUUUUUUAAGAUAAAACACAAAUGUAAAAAAUGAGAAUAGAAAUUUUUUUGUGGGUGUUUCAUAGUUUAAGACGAAAGUAAUGCUGAGAUUAAAGCUUU